UAUUUUAAUUCAUUGUUAUAUUCUCUAUCAAGUGAGUAGGUGCACAAUAAAAUUGUGCAUAGUGUGUAAACGCAAGAUAAAAUGGAAUUUCAAAUACAAACAUAUAUCGUAGCACUUAUUUUAAUUAUUUUGACAAUAUUUUAUUUGAUAACAAAGAAAUUAAAUUACUGGGAAAAUCUUGGUGUACCUGGUCCUAAGCCAGUACCAGUGUUUGGUAAUUUUACUAAAUUGUUUUUGAAAAAAUUAACAGCUGGUCAAGUGAUUCAAAAUAUAUAUACAAAAUGGAAACAUGAAUCAUUUGUUGGAGUUUACAAAGGUCACAGUCCUCAAUUAAUAAUCAAUGAUCUUGAUUUGAUAAAAACAAUAUUAAUCAAAGAUUUUGAUACAUUUAAUGGACGUGGAAUUCUUAUAAAUGAGGACACUGAUCCACUUUCUGCAAAUAUUGUUAAUAUUGAUGGACCAAGAUGGAAAUUCAUACGUGCUAAACUAACACCAUUAUUUACAACUGGAAAAUUAAAACAAAUGAUUGAAUUGAUGGUAGAAUGUGCUGAUCAUUUUGAAAUAUAUUUAUCGAAUCAAUUGAAAAAAUCAAACGUCAUUGACUGUCGAGAAGUUGCUGCGAAAUUUACAACUGAUGUUAUAGGUUCAUGUGCAUUUGGAAUAAAUAUGAAUGCAUUAUCAAAUGAUGAAAGUGAAUUUCGUAAAAUUGGUAGAAAAGUAUUUGAAUCAAAUUUUUAUGCGAUUAUGAAAAGUUUAUUAGGAGAAAUUUCACCGCAGUUGUUUACACUUUUAAAAAUAAGCAUAAAUGAUUCAAAAUCAAAAAAUGAUAAUGAAAUUGAAUUUACUGAUAGUCUAAUGACUGCUCAGGCAUUUGUAUUUUUCUUGGGAGGUUUUGAGACAAGUAGCACUUUAAUUUCAAUGUCACUCUAUGAACUUGCUGUUGAGCCUAAAGUACAGGAAAAAUUAAGAAAUGAGAUCAUUGAAACAUUAAAGAAUAGUGAUGGACAAUUAACUUAUGAUGUUAUUAACAGUAUGAAAUAUCUCGAUAUGGUAAUGCAAGAAACUGUGAGAAAAGAUCCGCCAAUUUUAACGCUCAUUAGGAGAGCUUGUAGAUCAUAUAAAAUACCAGAAACAAAUACGACAAUUGAAAAAGGAACAAACGUUAAUAUACCAGUUUAUGCUAUUCAUCAUGAUCCAAGCUAUUAUCCAAGCCCAGAGAAAUUUGAUCCUGAACGUUUUACUGAUAGUGCCAAGGCCCAGAGACAUCCUAUGACAUUUUUAGCUUUUGGGGAUGGUCCUAAAAAUUGCAUAGGACUUCGGUUUGCUGGUUAUCAAUAUAAACUGGGGAUUAUUAAAAUUUUAAAAAAUUAUAGAGUCAAACCGUCAAAAUCAACAGUGGUACCAUAUGAGAUGGAUAAAGGCUCAUUUAUUUUAACUCCAAAAAAUGUUCAUAAGAGUUUUUCAAUUGAUCCAUUUGAUACUACUAGUAAUAAUAAUAAUAAUAGUGACAAUUAUGGAUUAGAUAAUAACAAAGAUUGGAAAAAUUGUUUACCCAAUAAUACUACACCAAAAAUGAAUGAUGCUGCUGAAAAUAAUAAUCAAAUAAAUAUUAAUCGUAAUGACUAA